AUCCUUAAAUUGUUCGUGGACCUUGAGACCUCUAUAAGGCUUCCGCAAAUCAAUUGCCUUACGUCUUGCAUCAUGAUGUGUGCAAAUAUGUGCGAUAUUUUUUAUUUAUUUUGUUUUCGUGUCGCUUGUCGCUGUUCAAGUUUGGUUUUAGAUUAUACCGUGUACCAUUUAAAAACCCAGUCGAUGCGACUCUAACCUCUAACCACCCACCCACUUUUGCCUUAUUUGUUGCACUAGCUGUCCUCCAGUCUCUCGUGCAAUGUCUCAGCCCUCGCCACCCACGCCUUCCCCCAAUGCUUGUUCGGCAUCAUGUACCCUUUCCUCCCCUGCGCCGCCUCGGGAGAAUACUCCUGAUGCCUCUGACGGUGGUUCUGUACCUAUGACGUAUUCGUCCCCACUUUACACCUCCCUUCUUGGUUCUAUGGACUCUCCCUUCGCUGCCGAUGCGAAGAUGUUAGCGAACAUCCCCAAAGAGAAGAACCCUCGCCCUCUGCGCUCUAUUUUUAAUGACAGCGCAGAAUAUUGGGUAGGGCCCGAUGACGAUGUGCUCCGCCUCGUGUUUCCGGCAAAGUUACACCUCGAGGGCCGUUUUAAUAAGUCUGGGGAGUACUUUAGUCUCCCGGAGAAAGAUCUUAAUCUCGGUGACAUCAAAAGCGCAAAAAUUCAGUUUGAGGUCCUCCCUUUAGACGAUAAAGAGAAGGACUGCCCUGCCUCGGCGAUAACGUGCUCCCAGUUUGCAUUGUCGCUUCUCUCCGCUCUCCAUACAGAUGUCGAGAAAGCCCGCAAUGCAUCAUUGGAUGCUGUUGCAAUCCCUCCGAACGUGCCGUUUUGGCGCACCUACAAGAAAGAGGACAGAUACAGCCUUGUUGUCACGACCGGAGCUGUAUUCAAAGACGUACUGGUAAAUACUACCAUAUCUCGAGAGGAGGCUACUCAACAUGUAGGUUUGAUAAGUCCAAGCAAGGCAAGGGCGAGGGCUAACCAAGCCCUUGGCAAAAACGAUGGCAAGAAGCCUGACGUAGAUCACUCCUGGCGCAUCUGUGACCUCGAGGAUUCAAAGGGACGAUACUCUGCCUUAUUGAACAAGUACAAUCAUCUGCGUGGCACAGCGGUUCAGACCCCUGAUGUCCGAGACGAGCACGGUGCUCGUAUUCAUGUCAGUGACUACAAGACCAAACUCAAAGAGGGAGCAAUUGUCGAGUUAGAGGUCAUAUUAAGGCUGUAAAUCCUUGGUUAUUUUUAGCGUUCGACAUCCUGACAUUUCACAGAUGGACUAUCGAGGAAUCGACCAACCCCCGCGAUGACCAUGUCCGUCGUGUAUACCAGAUCAUGCUGCAGCACAUGCAGCUUUUGCCUUGUGCUAAGUACACACAACCCGUAC